AUGGGCCCUCGACAACCGACUAGUCCUGACGCCCCCAAUCGAAUAGGCCCGAAAGGAAACCUGCCUUUGGCAGUACCCCAGGGGAGGGAGCUACCACCGGAGAUUCUUUACAAUCUCCUUACCAGGGAUCGAACCCAGGUAAGGAGGAUUGUGGCGCAGUUGCCUACCCAACUGCGCCAACCCCCGUUGCAGGACGUAAUUCGCAAGGACCUAAUUAGGGAGUUGAUAUUAGUCAUAUCCUCCCACGGUUCAUAUUUUUCAUUCAUCUUCCUCUCAAUUUCCUCUCAAUGCCCUUCAUCCGACGCCGUCCUUGUCCUCGGCCAAGACCUCUUUCGAUUUUAUCACACUUGUCAGAUUUCUGAAGGAUUAAGAAAACAUGUUUCAUCAUCGAAGGCAACUCAGAUUAUCUGGUUUAGAAAAUUGAUAGAUGCAUGGAAAAAAUCUGGACAAGUUCCUCAGACUCCUAAAGAAGUGUCUCAGUACAUCAUUAAAGCCCUCCAAGAACAUCCAAGGGCCGAAAUUGAGGAACUGUUGAGUUUCUAUGGUCUUCCUCUGCCACACACCAUAGUAGAUGCAAACAGCAAGGCCACUAAAUCCUUACCAAAAGGAGUCAAACUUGAACUGCAUACCUUGCCUGUUGAUUCAAGAGCAGUGGCUGAUGGUGAUACCAUAACUGUUUAUGUUCGGGCAUUAGACCCUCAAGAAAUUUCUUGUGUCCCUAGUCAUGUGCUUGAAGCAAAUGUUAAAAGAAAUGAAGCUCGAAUCUUGAGGAAUUAUGCAGAGGCCAAUGUCCUUCAUCAAGAAAUCAUCAAUUCUGGGUACCGUGUGAUUAGGAUUCAAAAUGAGGAAGUUCUUGCACGCAAGUAUAGAAUACGUUUAAGGGGUAUUGAUGCGCCAGAAAGUGAAAUGCCAUACGGUAAAGAAGCAACAGAAGAAUUGACUAGGAUUGUUCAAGGAAAAUCUCUAAGGAUUCUUAUUUACGAAAUAGACUGUUAUGGACGUUUUGUCGGAGAUAUCUACUGCGAUAAUAUCUUCGUUCAGGAAUUGAUGCUGAAGAAAGGAUUUGCAUGGUAUUACUCUCACUAUGAUAAGAGAACAGAAUUAAAAAAUUGGGAAGAAGAAGCAAGAGCAAAGCAAGCUGGAUUAUGGGCUUCUCCUGAUCCUGAGGAGCCAUGGGAAUGGAGAAAGAAUCAGCGGAAUAAUGCAGCCUGUGCCGCCGUUUCGCAUCGCAGAGAUAGAAAAUCACCUCGGAAUGUUCCUCCCAGACUACAAAGAAUCCCCAACUCCUAA